UACAUAACGCGAGGAAAGAGUGAAGUUUGCGUAGCCUAAAUUAUUUAAUAAUAAAUCGUUAAAUAUUUAUUAUCUGCCACAUCCCAUAUUUGUUGGACAUAGAUUUUUAACUUGUGGCUGAAAUGAGGCAGAUUCUGUUAUUCGGAUUGCUUGUCUUCGCUUAUGUUAAAGGAGAAUGUCCCGCGAUGUAUCAGCGCUUCCAGUGGGGUGCGGCGCCCCCUCCGCAAACCAUCCCGAUGCCGCCAACCGUUCCGAACGUAGUAAUUCACCACUCCGCGACGCGGACUUGCACCUCCGUUUCAGACUGUUUCGCGCUGAUUAAAUCCUUUCAAACGAACCAUAUGACGGAGCGGGGUUGGGAUGAUAUUGCCUACUCAUUUCUUAUUGGUGGGGAUGGAAAUUUGUACGAGGGGCGUGGCUGGGGGAGACAAGUGCAAGGGACGCAACCACCCGAGUGGAACUAUUUGGGGUACACGUUCUGUCUGAUUGGCACCUUUGAAGACGAGCUGCCCACCGCGGAACAACUCGAGCGAUUAAAUAACUUGAUUAACUGCGCCUGGGGGGAUGGUCACGUUCCUGAAAAUUACACGUUGCGCGGCCAUCGCGACGUUUAUGCCGGCACGGCAUGUCCAGGUCAAGCUUUUUACGACCAGAUUCAAACCUGGCCGCAUUACAAUGCCUCCUUAGCUACGUCAAACUAAGAAAUGUUUUUGUCGAGUCACGUAAUAAAUAGCAAUGCUAAAAUUUCGAAACAA